AUGAACGUCGUGAUUGUCGGCGCUGGCAUCGCUGGCCUCUCGUCAGCGUUGGCUCUCACCAAAUGGCUUCCCGACAAACCACACAUUACCAUUAUUGAAAUUCGCCCACGGCCCUCAACAAUCGGCGGCGCCGUUGGACUGACACCGAAUGCCCUGCGCUGCCUGCAUCACCUUGGAGCCCUACCACAGAUUCGAGUAAGGGACUUGGGGAUCGAGAUAGAUAAGAUUGAACUGUUCACCAUUUACACGGGCGCCAGACUCGGUGACAUUAACUUCACCGGCGACAACGGUGUCGGAGUUGGCGAACCCGCAUUCAAGGGACUCAGAAUCCUACGCGCAGACCUGGUGCAGUCACUCACUGAGGCCGUCAAAGCACUCGACAACGUUGGGCUGGAGUAUGGCUGCAAACCAGCCCAGAUUGUCGAAACUGGCAGCCAGGUAACUGUUGUUCUGGAUGAUGGUCGAACACUAAGCGCGGAUUUGGUUCUCGGGUGUGAUGGGAUUCAUUCAUUUGUCAGAACCAGCCUCGUCGACCCUGAGAGAAAACCGCUGUACACCGGCAUAGUCGCAGUAUUCGGGUUUGCAGACCUGCAGGAAGGAGCAACAGUUCCAUGGAAAGACACAGGAUUGUGCCAGUCACAGCGCGGCAGUCUCAUGACCACCUACUACGAGCCGACUAGGAAGAAGCAAUUCGUGGCAGCUAUCACCGAGAAGAAAGAUGUCGAGUCAAGGGAAGGUUGGCUGGCCCGCGGCGCUGAACAAGAGAGGAUUAAGCAGGACGUCAAAACUCGAUUUGGUGGCAGUGCCAUCGGAUUCCUCGAACCCCUCCUCGCGGCAACAGAUCAUUGGACUCUCUAUCCUGUCUACAAGCUCGCUCCAAGGGGCAAUUGGUGCUUGAAACGCACGGUGCUACUGGGGGAUGCCGCACAUGCAAUGCCGCCGCAAGGCGAAAGUACAGCGUAUGCUCUGGAGGACGCCAUCUUGUUUGCUCGUGCCAUGGAAUCCAAGUUUGAUAGUGGACCGGACGAAGUCUUCCGCACAUAUCAGAAAGUCAGGCGGGCAAAUAUCGACAAGGCCUACGAAGAAGCCGCUUUUGGCUGGGGGACACAGAAAGAUUGUGGCUGGUUCACAUUCUUGCUGAGGAGUUGGCUGACGAGGGCCUAUUUGUGGUGGACCGCCUCUGCGAGGGAAAGAAGAUACAGCGAAGACGUUGCGACCAUGGUUUUGGAUUAA